AUAAAAUAAACAACACUGCUAGGGAGACAAUAAAAUCUAGUUGGCCCAGCCCAAAAAAUCUAGUUGGCCAAAAAAAACCGUUACCUAUUGGCUAUUUGCUUUAAUUGAAUGAUCUUACUGAGCUGGGUAUGGUUUCAGUGAAAAGGACAAAAGGGACAAAAGGGUAAGCGUAUGAAGCCGGAAGAGAGAAAGCGCAGGUUUAAUGAAGCCAUCGUUAACAUUCUAUAUCCCUCCUCGCCGGAACCCGAACCCGAACCCGAACCCGAACCAUCUCAUCAACCGUGUUGUUGCCACAAUGCAGAUUCAACAAGAUCUCAAACCCGUUUAUGCUUUCACGCAACGCUCGCCUUCUCAUGCUAUUUCUGGGAGUUCGGAUGAUUACGACAAUGCUUCCACGAGCGGCGACGAAGAACACGAUUCCGGGACGGUGAAGCUAACGAGGGCUCAACGGAAGAAGAUUCGCAAGAAGAAGCUCAAGGAAGAUGCAAUUCGUCGAGGCAACUUAAUUGGCCCCCUCUUGCCUCCUUAUACACAUCAAGUUACGCAGGAUGCACCACCUGUUCGAUCAAAUGCUUCAACGGAAUCUUCUCCACUCCACGAGCCUGGUGAUGGAGCGGCUCCCUCCACCUCGAAUAGAACCAGGAAGCCAAGGAUGGCCAAAAAGCUGCCCAAAGUUAUGCCUCAAACUUCCAAUUCUGCUCCUUUUGUUAAGGAGUCGAAUGUGUAACUGUGUAAGUCUAAACACCAAAAAAAAAAAACAAGAAACACACUCGUGUUAUCAUUGAUCUGAGUUUUUUUUUAGUAUUUUAGGUGGGUCGUGGCUGAUUGCGCUUUUGUUAUUGAUAGCUAUUGACAUUUGAUCGGUUAAAAUUUGGGUAUUGCUUCCGUUGAUACCGUUAAUCUUUUA